GGUUGCACAACUGCUUUGUGUGUGCUAUUGAUUGGUUUGAAGAAAAAAAAAGCCAUAAGGUUUUAUACACUUCAGACUGAUGGAGCAAUGCUGGAUAUGACUUGAAGGAUGAAUGAAAUGAGAGACCAUGGAGGAACAAACAGCAAAGAGCGAUGCGAGGAAUGGUCUGCAGAAUGAUAUUCCACGACUGCAGUCUAUGCUGGCAAAACUUAAUCUAAAACACAAACAUCCCAAAACAGACAAUGUUAAAUUACAUCCAGGUACAGCCUGUAAAAGUAUGUUUUACCAUUCUCUGGAGCCUGUAGAAGGAAUAAAAAAUGAAGAAAACAGGAAAGAAAGCACAGUCAGAUCUGGUGAUGAGGAGCAACCAACUAGGAGUUCUGAAACAAAAGAUGGAAAUGAAGCUGUUGAAGAGGUCAAAGAGCUUCCAGAAGCAUUUCCUAAAUGGGAGAGGAAGAGUAUACUCCCUGACUGUUUGUCCAUAGAAAUCCAGAUGGGAAAAUUAGGUCGCCAGCCAAGAGAAAGUGAGUCUUUGGAGGACAAAAAGAGCACAGAGAUGGAAGAGCAUGUGGCUGGAGCUGCAUUAUUACCUAACAAUCAAUAUCAAGAAAUGUCUGCACACACAUCUUACCUCUCUGUGUCCUCCGAUAAAGUGGACUCUGCACAGAUGGGGUUGAAGCAUGAACCAGAUGAAGCUUGUGGUCCUUCAAAACAGUAUGUCAGUAUGGAUACAAGCAGGGUUCUAACCCAUCAAACAGCUGUGAAUGUUACAGGCAAGAAAACAAGGUCCACUUCAGAUCCAGUAACCCAGGAAUCCAGUAAAUCCUUUAAUCCAAUAAAGGAAGAGAGACCCCUCUCAGCUCCAAGUAUUUCAAACCUACGGGAAUAUGAAAAGUAUGAAGAUUUUGCAAAUGCAAUGCCAGCCAAAAGCUUCAGCAAAGCUGCUAAGAUUUUGGGACAGGGGUAUUCAGGCAUGAGCAUAGGAAAUGUGGAACAUGACAACUCACUCACCAAAACGCAAAAGAAAGGAGUGAAAAACAAAAUGAAGAAUCUUACUCAAAAACUGAUGGAAAAGCUUAAAGAUAAACAUGAUUGUGAGCAUGCUGGCAGGAGAAGCAUCCAAGACAGCAUGGAAGAAGAAGAAGGACAAAAACUGAAUUCCAUGGAGGUGGAAGCCGAGGAUCAAGCUAUUCCACCACCACUUCCACCAAAAAUGGGGAAAUAUGUUUUCUUAGAAAGAACAUUUACCCUAAAAGACUUCAAACUCAAUCUUGAACCUAUCAACUUAAUGGAAGAAAUAUUCACAGGCAGCGAAUGGCUCAGUUACUUGCCCAUCAAAGAAAGUCCAGCUGAGAAAGAAACUAGUGAUCAGUCAAUGACAAAUGAUGUUCUCCGACCAGAAAAGGACAUUCAGCUCGAUGUUCCUCCCCCGACAGCAGAGCAGGACCAGCCAGAGGACAUAAAGACACCAGAGGAGGACCAGCCAGAGGACGUUAAGGUCAAUCAAGACAGUGCUAGUGAUCCUCAAGAGGACAAUGUAGCAAAAGUGAAAAGUGACUUGGAUGUAAAACAAGUGGAAUGGGAUGCAAACAUAUUUGCUAUACCUAAGGCACUGCUAACAAAUAAUGCAAGACAAAAAAGGUCUUGUGAGUCAAACAAAUCAGAUGACGUCUAUGACUGUGUGGAUAUGUAUAUUAUUCCAAAAAAUGACUUUCCAUUAAUGAAAAGAAAGGCAUCAGAUGCUCUGUUGGACUUUUCAGCAGUCAAGUCAUUUGAACUGCUGGACAACUCUGCCCUCAAGAGUCGAAUUCGUCUUAGCAAAAAGAGACACCACCGAUCACCUAAAAAGCACAAAAAAGUAAAAACAGAGAUGUUGAGCGGCAUAUUCUACAAGAUUCCCAUGGUAAUACUGAAUGAAUCUCCUGUCAGCACAUCUCCACCAUGUCACAGCAUUCCCUUUUCCAUGUCUCCUCCUUUGCAUUUACCAUCACGUCCAUACCACUCCUGACCAUACCAGAUCUAUCAUCUGCAUUUGUCAGGUCAGUAAAGUCACAGAAGCAGUCAAACGCAAAGUAAAGCACAAACCAAGAAAGACAAUAUUGCAUAAAAUCUAUUUCGUUGUUCAUGUGAUCAUUUUAUUAAUAGUCUUCCUAGUUUUAUACUUCCUAGGCAGAUUAAAAGAUACCUUUACUGUAAAGACUGAAAAUUUACUGGUGUGCAAAAGAUGGGAGACAUUACAGUGGAUAAUCCAUUUGCAAGAAAGAACCUUUUUCACAUAAUUAUUUUCUUAAUAAUUUGCAAAAAGUCAUUAAUGUAAUGAUUUGCUACGUCAAUAUACAUGUUUUUAAGUUAAUAAUACACCUGUUCAUUCACCACUGCUGAUGAACUGUAAAGUACAGUAAAUCAUCAGUCUUUCUCCACAGUCCUUAUUAUGCAAUUAUGCAAAAUACCAUGUAAUAUUAUCAUGUA